AAUUUUAGAUGGGUUGUGCAAGUGUUACCUUGUUAUUUCUCAUUUUUGGAAUCAUUUGUGCUAUAUUGAUACCACUGGUAUGGCCAGAUCCUGAAUCUCCAGUCCUUCCAGACAUGUGGUGGGGCCGUGGAAAGAUGCCUUCUGAUCCUUCAGAGUAUCCAGAAGAUAACAUCACAAUCAGACCUUUUGUCAUAAAUGUUGAGAAUGAGACUCUAGAAGACCUAAACCAUCGCUUGGACAACGCUCGUCUUCCAGAAUCACUGGACAAUGUCCAAUUCCAGUAUGGAUUUCAUUCUAACUAUCUGAAGGAAGUGAUCACUUAUUGGAGAAACACAUAUGAUUGGAGGCAAGAAGAAGAAAAAUUGAAUCAGUAUGAUCAGUUUUUAACUCAAAUUGAAGGGAUUGAUAUUCAUUUCUUGCACAUCAAACCAACUAUAACAAAUCCAAAGAUUAAAAUACUUCCCCUAAUGCUAAUCCAUGGUUGGCCUGGUUCUUUUGUUGAAUUUUACAAGAUAAUACCACUCCUCACCACCUCAACUGAUGACAGGGAUUUCGUGUUUGAAGUAAUAUGUCCUUCAAUACCAGGGUAUGGUUUUUCUGAAGCCCCGCAUCAACCAGGCUUCUCAAUGACAGAUGCAGGACGGGUUUUUGUCAAACUGAUGAGCAGGCUUGGUUUCAAAAAGUUUUACUUACAAGGUGGAGAUUGGGGCAGUGCAAUAUCCAUGGUCAUAUCCUCGGUAUAUCCAAAAAAUGUACUAGGUGUUCACUUCAACUUCAUGGUACGCCAAAGAAGUUUUAAAGGCAUUCUGAAGCAGCUGAUUGGUUGCUUUUUUCCCUCUUUGGUGGCUGAUACUCCGGCUCAGCAAAAACAUCUUUUCUCACCAUUCAUGGAGAAACUUUAUUUUCUCUUAAAGGAAACAGGUUAUGCUCACAUACAGGGUACUAAACCUGACACUGUAGGUAUGGGAUUGAGUGAUUCUCCUGCUGGUCUGGCUGCAUACAUCUUAGAAAAAUUCUCCACUUGGACUGAUAAAAAGAACGUAAAUUUGCCCGAUGGAGGGUUGACAGAAAAGUUCACACUAGACGAACUCUUGACCAAUGUCAUGGUGUACUGGAUAACCAAUUCCAUCACUUCCAGCAUGAGGUUUUAUAAAGAAACGCUGUCCGAGCGAACUCUGAAUUAUCAGAUUGACAGGCUUCCAGUGAAAGUACCAACAGGCAUUGCUCUAUUCCCUAAUGAGAUUGCCAUGCUGCCAAGGAACAUAGCAAAGGAUCAGUACAGGAACAUUAUUCAUUACACUGAAAUGCCACGAGGGGGCCAUUUUGCAGCACUCGAAGAGCCAAAACUUUUAGCAGAUGAUAUAUGGAAAUUUGUGGGAAAAGUUAAAAAAUUAGAGGCACUGAAGAAAGGAAAAUAGAUUGAGCCUAAGAAAAUUGUUAAAUGCUACAACUUUCACUCUCGUCUGAAAUACUUAACGUGGCUCACUAGGAGCUUUGUUACGUCAAACCAUGUAACAGUAAAUUGCCUUUUUUUGGGUUUCAUUGUAUAUCCUGCAUAAAGCUGGCUAUAGCGGAGUAAACGCGACUUCUUGAGCAACAUGCUAGUAGUCAUCAUAUACUUUAAAAAGAUAGAAGUGUUGUAUUGAAAUUAUAAUCUUUCUAGUGAUUGUUCUAAGAUUUUAGAUAUUGGAAUUAUGUCAUAAUUGUAUUUUUAAAUCUAAUACUUGUAAGUAGCUUGUGAUUAACUACGAUCCUCAUUCUAUAGAAUUUUUUUUCACUCGACUCUCUAGCUACUCAGUAGGUUUUUGUUGAGCUUUAUAUAUAUUGUGCUUGAUGAUCGAUUCUGUAACAAAAUUUAGCUGUUUAAACAACUGCGAUAAGAACUACUGUGUGGCUCCAAACUUGAAGGUUGUGAUAUUGUAUGACUAAUGUCUAAAAAAUAAUAAUGCAUCUGACAAGAUGAUCAUUAUGAUGGGUUUAAUUUUGAACCGUAUUUAGUAUAAAAUUAAAUAUAUUUUAAUCAUGGAUUGAUCUAUUUUCUAAUAAGUACUUGAGUAUUCUCCAUUUUCGUAAUGUUAGUUUAAUCAGAAGUUCAGCUUUGAAAAUGUAUAUCCUGACAUAACAGAGCUUUGUAAUCUAAUAUAAAUGUUGUAUAUUUUUUAUUUUUUUAUUUUAUGAAAGGAAGUAAAAAUAUAUAUACUUCUUACAAUUAUGUAUAUAGGUUUUGGUGACAGAACCAACACUUUUGAAAAGUUGAGAAUAAAAUGGAACUUUGCAUGCAA